AUGGGGUGAACCAAGUGCUUGGCAAGGAAUCCCUGACUUGCUGGGGGGCAGAGGAGCAGCCAGACGUUGGCAGCUGAGAGGCUCAGAGUCUCCCAUCAGGCAGCGGGCAGGGACCGUGGCUGUGGCUCUGAAGGCUGGAGAAUUGCCACCAGCUGAGACACUGUCUCCGAAAGGAUCUAGGAGCUCCCGCUGCCCCUACACCAGGAAACUCCAACCUCUCUGCGUGGUCCUUCUGGGUUAAAGGACUCCUGCUAAUGUUUGUUUAGAUGCCUUCUCUCAUUUUCUCUGGCAGAAAAGCUAGCUUUGGGGCAUGUGUUUGUUUCCAGGGGAAGGGGCUGGACAAAGGCGAGGGAGAAGCAAACCCAGCGUCCUAGGGCUCAAGGAUGAGCCCCCCCCCCCCCCGGGUGCUUCUCAGCUGUUUUCAGCUGAGGUCUCAUGUUCUCCCCAAGCCUGAAUCACAAUGGGGCCUGCAACAUGGAGAGAGCAGAGGGAAGGGAAGUGAGGUGUGUUUGAUCAGCGGCUCUGUGCCCAGCAUGGCGCCAAGUCCUCUCCAGGUGUCAGAGCACCCCAAGCCCACAAAAGCCCCACACACACGGGUAGCACAGUUAUCGUGUUUUACAGAUGAGCAGCUGAACGCGGGGCACUUGUAGAGUUGGAAACCUCCCUGGCCUUUGCCUGAAGCUAUAGGAACUGCACUCAGGAGGCCGAGACAGAGCUUUCCUGCUUCUCAGAGGUGAGGUUUGACUUCCAUCCUCUUCCUUCUACGAGGCUUUCUGUGUGUCAGGCACAGGGCACUCUUCCAGGCACAGGGGUAGCGCAGUGAGCCAAACAGACCAAAGAGCCUGCCCUCCUGCUCACACGCGAGCCGGGCAUAUUCUGUCCUUUCCUGCUUGCCCUUCCCACCUCCUCCAGGGGCAGCACUUGUACAGCAGUUAAGGCAUGAAGACAGGUAGCCCAGGGACUCUAGCAGCCCAGCCACCGUGAGCAUCGCCCUAGGUCUCUGAGAUGCACGGACAAGCUCGGAGUUAGUGCACUAUCCAUGGUCAGCAUAGACGGAGAGAAUGUUCCAGAUGGAGAGUCAGCAGUUGCUACCCUAUUAAGACCACCCUUUGAAAGAUGGCCAAGCUUUAGUAACUGCCUACCCAGGAUAGCCUCUUCUACAAGAACGUUACUCUCAGAGAGAGAAGGUUCCAGCAAACCCAGGUAGCAACUCAGGAAGGAGAGAAACCUCAUGGCUGAGGGAGGGGCUGGAGGACCAUCAGCUCCAAUCUGCUCGUGGCAAAACGUUCACAUCAUCAGUCUUGUGCUGUCAUCCAGUUCCCUGCCCUCCUUCCCGUUGUCUCUGUGCAGGUCACGAGGGUUUUGUUGACCGAAACAGAAACAGAACUUACUUUAUUUAACUUAAGAGCAGAAAUGCGCAGCUGUCUGGGGCCACCUUGUGAAAGGAUAGGGUGGGUGCCAGACCAGUGGUGCGACCCAGUGCCCCCCCACACAACAACCACCUCCCCAUCUCCUAGCGAAAUUCCCACCCCAUCCGGGUGACUUGCUCUCCUGGGGUGAGCAUCUUCUUCCCUCUCAGCAGCCCUCUUUCAAACUGUAAUUGCCCCUGGAAGCUCUGUGUCUUAAGCCCUGACCUUCAGUGUGAAUGUGCCCAUAAAAUCACUCUCUUCCCUCACUGUGGGGAGAGGUUGUCAUUAAGUUAGUAAGAGUCGCCGAGGAAGAAGGGCCACCAGAAUGAGGCCGAGUGGAGCAGGUGAGAGGACCCUGAUGGGCAUCAGGGAGACCUGGAUUCAAAUCUUGACCACGUGGUUUAAACCCAGCUGUUGGGCAUCUUUGAUCCCCCAUAUACUCACCUGGGAAUUUGGGGAAGUAAUGCACAUAAUAUAUCAUAUGUACAUAUAUACACACAUAUAUUACAGUUAUUGUGAGGGCUUAAUUAGGUUACAUGCAGAAAAGCAUCGUACCCACAGCAGGUUAGUUUCUUUCCUAUAAAUGAUCUCAGAGAACUUAACCACGUCCAACACCACCAAAAAUGUGUCUGCUUUGCAAAGUAAAGCUUGAUCUGAAAUAAGAAGGAAUGAGAGUGAAUUUUCCUUUUGCACCUUGUAAACCACGUGAAAAAGCAAGAUGUUUCCAGAUGUGGCCACCAUAAAGUAAGCUGUUGUUCUCAUUUUUCUGUGCAUUGACAAAUGCGAUCCUCCACUGAACUUUUGAUCUGAAAUUUAAAUUUCAAGCAAUUACAUUUCUGGGUGAGGAAAAAGCCAUGAGUUGUUUCCAAGCUUCACCGAGCCAUUCCUGGAUUUAUCCCACUGUGAUCCUCUGCCUGUUUGGAUUUUUCUCCACAAUGAGACCCUCAGAACCCUUCCUUAUGCCGUAUUUAUCUGGACCAGAUAAAAACCUGACCAGUGCAGAGCUCACAAAGGAGGUCUUCCCCGUGUGGACGUAUUCCUACCUGGUGCUGCUGCUCCCGGUGUUCAUCCUCACCGAUUACGUCCGCUACAAGCCGGUCAUCCUCCUGCAAGGCCUUAGCUUCAUCACGACCUGGCUGCUGCUCUUGUUUGGCCAAGGAGUGAGGACCAUGCAGGUUGUAGAGUUCUUCUACGGGAUGGUCACCGCCACUGAGGUGGCCUACUACGCCUACAUCUACAGCGUGGUCAGCCCGGAGCACUACCAGAAAGUAAGCGGCUGCUGCCGGAGCGCCACGCUGGUGGCCUACACGGUGGCCUCUGUGCUGGCCCAGCUCUUGGUGUCCCUGGCCAGCCUGUCAUACUUCUACCUCAACGUCAUAUCCUUGGCCUCUGUCUCCACGGCCUUCCUUUUCUCACUUUUCCUACCAAUGCCUCAGAAGAGCAUGUUUUUUCAUGCCAAACCCAGCAAGGAAGCCCCUCCAAAGCCACCAGGAGGGGAUGUUGUCUCAGAGGAACCUCAGAAGGAUCCCAAACCAGUCUGCCAAGAACUAUACACCAUUUCAGGCAACCCCGGUAUUGGCCAGCAGAGCAGCCCAAAGCCAGAAAAUGUCGUUUUGAGAGUUUUUGUGCAGUGGUUACGAGAUUUGAAGGAGUGUUACUCCUCAAAGCGUCUUUUCUACUGGUCCCUGUGGUGGGCUUUUUCCACAGCAGGUUUUAACCAGGUUUUGAACUAUAUUCAAGUCCUUUGGGAUUACAAGGCACCGUCCCAGAGCUCCACGAUAUAUAAUGGGGCUGUAGAAGCUGUUGCAACCUUUGGCGGGGCCGUGGCUGCCUUUGCUGUGGGUUAUGUGAAAGUCAACUGGGACCUUCUGGGAGAGUUGGCUCUGGCCGUCUUCUCAGUUGUCAAUGCAGGUGCCCUGUUUCUCAUGCAUUACACGACCAACAUAUGGGUGUGCUAUGCUGGCUAUUUGAUUUUCAAGACGAGCUAUAUGCUUCUUAUCACCAUAGCAGUAUUUCAGAUCGCAGUUAACCUGAGUGUGGAACGCUAUGCCCUGGUGUUUGGAAUCAACACCUUCAUUGCCCUGGUGAUUCAGACCAUUGUAACUGUGAUAGUAGUAGAUCAGGGAGGACUGGGGCUGCCGAUCAGCAUCCAGUUUUUAGUUUAUGGGAGUUAUUUUGCUGUCAUUGCUGGCAUUUUCCUAAUGAGAAGCACGUACAUUAUCUACUCAGCCGAAUGCCAAAAGAAAGUGCUGAGGUCUGCUACAAGUCAGACUCCAGAUGGACCACAUCCAGAAGAUCCAAGGAAUGUCAUCAUGGGAACAAAGCUCUAA